AGUAGUGUUGAACCAAAAUAUAAUAAUAGCAAAGAUAAACAUGUGUUAAAUAAUAGUACACAUUCUAAUUUACUAAAUAAUACAGAUAAUAAUAAAAAUAUAAGCGUUAAAAAAAGUGGUGCAGAAAAUAUAACAG